ACAGCUCAAAUGUGAGGGGUCAUAAUGCUAGAUAAAUACAGUGGCCAGGCUGAUUAGGAGGCGUCACGAGCUUGAGCCGGAUCUUUUCCACUGUGCUUCUUUCUCUCGCUCUCUCUGAGAGUUUCUCCAUUCCCUCAGCUGUUCUCUCAACUGGUAAGUGACAAUGCCUCACGCGUACCCAUUCCUCGGCCCUGAGCAGAAGAAAGAGCUCAGCGACAUUGCUCAAAGGAUUGUCGCACCUGGAAAAGGAAUCCUCGCUGCUGACGAAUCUACAGGCAGCGUAGCCAAACGCUUCCAGAGCAUCAAUGCCGAGAACACUGAGGAGAAUCGGAGGCUCUACCGUCAACUGCUCUUCACUGCCGAUGACCGUGUCAAACCUUGCAUUGGAGGAGUCAUCUUCUUUCAUGAGACCCUUUACCAGAAGACUGAUGACGGCAAGCUCUUUCCUCAGCUCAUCAAGGAGAGAGGCAUGGUAGUCGGGAUCAAGGUUGACAAAGGUGUUGUCCCUCUGGCUGGAACUAAUGGAGAGACAACCACCCAGGGUCUGGAUGGCUUGUAUGAGCGUUGUGCUCAGUACAAGAAGGACGGAGCCGACUUUGCCAAAUGGCGUUGUGUACUGAAGAUCACCCCCACCACCCCCUCCAGUCUGGCCAUCAAAGAAAAUGCUAAUGUCCUAGCACGCUAUGCUAGCAUCUGCCAGAUGCAUGGCAUUGUGCCAAUUGUGGAGCCCGAGAUCUUACCUGAUGGUGACCAUGACCUGAAGAGGUGCCAGUAUGUAACCGAGAAGGUUCUAGCAGCUGUUUACAAAGCCCUGUCUGAGCACCAUGUUUACCUUGAGGGCACCCUGCUCAAGCCUAACAUGGUGACAGCAGGCCACUCCUGCUCUCACAAGUACUCCCCCCAGGAGGUUGCCAUGGCCACUGUCACCGCCCUGCGCCGCACUGUGCCCCCAGCUGUUCCUGGUAUUACCUUCCUUUCUGGAGGGCAGAGUGAGGAGGAGGCCACAGUCAACCUGAAUGCCAUAAACACAUGCCCCCUGCACAAGCCGUGGGCACUCACCUUCUCUUAUGGCCGUGCCCUUCAGGCUUCAGCCCUCAAAGCUUGGGGAGGCAAGAAGGAGAAUGGCAAGGCCUGCCAGGAAGAAUACAUCAAGAGAGCCUUGGCCAACAGUGCAGCAUGCAUUGGUAAAUAUGAAACAAGUGGAGAUAAAGGAGCAGCAGCAGGAGAGUCCCUGUUUGUGGCAAAUCAUGCUUAUUAAAAAGGCUCAACUCUUUCAGCACACCAACCAACACUCCAGCACCACCUCCAUUUCUGAAAUAACUGGACUUCUGAUGUUUCCGAUGUCUCUCACUGAGCAUCUUCAAUUCUGUCCUAUAAUUACUCUCUAGUAUAGUAAUAGGGGAUGAGUGGUAUCUUGAGAGAGUGAGAGAAACCAAAAAACCUGUAGCCGGAAAAUUCCGUUUUGUAGGUGUAAAAUGACAUUUUUUCAUAUGAUGUUCUUGAUGCAUAAAAACCAAGAAAUAAAGAACUUAGUCACCAA